CCUCUAGCCCCGCCCCUGUCCCUGAAGGGUUGGGUUUCUGACCAGUCAGUAGGCGCGGCGCGGACUUCGGUUUACCGAGCUUGUGUUUGCCGCCUUGGUUCCCGCGACCCCAACGUCCUAGAGGCGGGGCGGAGGCGGCAGCGGCGCUCCUUGGAGCAGACCUCUGUUCGGGCCCAACAAACAGACCCCGCUGGGCGGCGGUGGCGGUAUGUGAAAGAGGUUUGCAGUCGAUAACGUGCCAUUUAAAGGUGUUUUUACUAUGAAAAUUUGUGGACUGAAGCCCUGCAUGUUCGUUCCUGUGUUUCUCACAUCUAAUUCAGAUGGCUUCUUGGCGGUGUUUAGGAGAUGGUUUUCCAGAGGAAGUGACAUUCGAUUUGGAUUGUGAAGGAUGAGGGGGAUUUACCAAGACGUUUAAAGUUAAAGGGACAGCCUGUGCAAAAGACACCCAAACUCGGGGGAUUGUAAGUAGUUCAAUUUGUUUGGAAUGUAGGAUGAGUGGAUGAGGGAUAAGGUUGGAAUAAUAGAGUGGGGCCAGAUCGUGGAGGUGUUUUGUUCUGUAUUUAAACAAGAGCCAUCAGCUUUUAAAGCAGGGGCAGUAAUUUAGUCAGAUAUGCAUAAAUACCCUUCUAGGAGCACUGUGGGGACUUUUCAGUAAAUCUGGUGAGAGUUGAUGUAGUCAGGAACUACCGUGGUAGAGAUGGAAAGACAGAAUUUAUAUGGGAAAGAGGGAGGAAGAAGAGGUAAGGAUGACUUCAGGGUUUCCAUUUUGAUAAACCGUGGUGCAUGCCAUUAUCCGAGGGGAAUAUAUUUUGCUAGGUAUAAGUGUUGUGUGGUUUCAGUUUCACUAGCUUUCACUGCUUACGUGAUACUGUAAAAAUAAACUCAUGUAUUGUUUUAAUAUGAGAAAUAGGUCAACAUUAUUUUUUCAUCCUAAUACAUAAAGGAAGAAGAGACAAGUUUAAGAUUCUUGUUCAUUGAAAAAAGAUGGCACUUUAUAUAUUUCCUACAGUUAGUUAUCAGUCUGAAUACUGUUAUCCGUAACAACCAAGUGGUGUAGAAGGGCUUUCAAGUUUAAAGGCUUCAUUCUAUAGAAGACACAUGAAGUCCAGAUGUCUCCAAGAGAGACUUUUUAUCAACCUUACAAGAGCACUUUGAAUAAGAUUUUAUUAUAGUAAAUAAUUUCAGCCUCUGGCUUUGUCUGAAAAAUCUCUUCUGCACCUGCAUUUAUAACUCUCCUCUCUUAUCUUGCUUCAGAUGAUUCCUUCUUGCUAAAAUUGAAGUGAAAUGUACAGAGCCUAAAGAACUCUAAGACCUAAUAAAAGAGUAUAGGAAAUACUGAACUGUAAAGAAAGGACUAGCCCUGUAUUUUGCUUUGAUAAUAUUUAAAUGAAGAUACCCAGCGGGCAAUUAGAAAUACGGUUUUGAAACUUAGAAGAGAGAUGGAAGCUGAAAGUUUGCUAUGUACAGGUGGGUGUGGAAGCAAUGGCAGUGGAAAAGAAGUACCCAGAGAGGACAUGUGCAGCCAAACAAAGACCACUGAUUUUUCACGGGAACAAGAUACUGAGCAUUUGAUAUUGAAUACAUCAUUCACCAACUAUCAUGGAGCCUAGAUAUCCUCUUACAGGGCCCCAGAUGAAUACCAGGUUUCCUACAAGCAGAAUGGUACCUUUCUACUUUCCUCCAUCAAAAUGUGCACUUUGGAACCCGAUGCCAAUAGGAGAUUUCAUCUAUUUACACCUCAAUUACUACAGAAAUCCAAAGCUUGUGGUAACUGAAAAGACCAUCCGACUUGCUUAUCGUCAUGCUAAGCAGAAUAAAAAAAACCUGCCAUGCUUUUUACUUGGUUCUCUCAUAGUAGAUGAAGAUGAAGAAAGUGUGACAUUGACAGUAGAUCGUUUUGAUCCUGGUCGAGAAGUACCUGAAUGUUUAGAAAGAACCCCUACUGCUGCUCUUCCUGGGGACUUUGUGAUUCCUUGCAAAAUUUAUACUCAUGGACUUUGUUCAAAAGAAGUAAUAGUUCAUGAUGCAGAUGACUUCAGUUCAGCUUUUAAGGCUCUGCAGCACCAUGUAUGUAGCAAAGAUUCCUUGGAUUGUGGUAAACUACUUUCCCUAAGAGCUCAUAUCACUUCUAGGGAAAGUUUGGACAAUGUGGAUUUGGACUUGCAUUGGGCAGCAGUAACUCUAGCGCAUACUUUUAAAUGCACACCUGUGAAGCCCAUCCCCAUUAUUCCAACAGCCCUGGCAAGAAACUUGAGCAGUAAUCUGAAUAUUUCUCAAGUUCAAGGUACCUAUAAAUAUGGAUAUCUUACCAUGGAUGAAACACGCAAAUUAUUACUUUUGCUGGAAUCAGAUCCCAAGAUUUGCUCUCUACCAUUAGUGGGAAUUUGGCUGUCUGGAAUUAUACAUAUUUAUAGUCCUCAGGUGUGGGCUUGCUGCUUACGAUACAUGUUCAGUUCUUCUAUUCAAGAAAGGGUUUUUUCAGAAUCUGGAAAUUUCAUUAUAGUUCUCUAUUCUGUGACACAUAAGGAUCCUGAGUUUUAUGAAUGCCUCCCCUGUGAUGGCAGGUCAUCUGACCUUCAGUUCCAGCUACUAACCAGCAAGGAAACAUUACAUCUUUUCAAAAAUGUUGAACCUUCUGAUAAAAAGUCAAUCCAUUUUGAACUGACUGCUGAAAGCCAAAAUGCAGAAACAGAGUUUUUCAACAAAGUUUCCAAGAAUCUUUCAAUUAAAAGGUCUUCCCAAAAGUUAUCUCCAGGAAAAAUGCCAAUAAAUGAUCAUGACUCUGGUGUUGAACAUGAAGAUUUUUCUCCAAGACCAAUUCCUAGUCCUCAUCCUGUGAGUCAGAAGGUUUCUAAGAUCCAACCAUCAGUUCCUGAACUUUCGCUUGUGUUGGAUGGCAAUUUCUUAGAAUCAAAUCCUCUCCCUAAGCCAUUGGAAAUGGUGAAUAAUGAAAACCCUUCUUUGUUGAUUAACCACUCUGAACACUUGGAUCCAUUGCAACCCCAGCUUUACGAUGACGAACACAGCCUAGAAGCUAAAGCUGGAGAGCCUUCCUUGAGAGGGUUACCAAAUAAGUUAACCCAGAGCACUGUUCCUUUAAGACAUGGCAAAGUAAGACAAUCAUCUACCUGUAAAAAAGGGAACCCCCAUAACAGGAACAGUGGUAAACCAUCUUCUCUUAAUGGGCCAUCUCCUGGUACAAAUUUACACAAAGAAGAGUAUCUUAUAGGAUCCUCCACAUGUAAUUCCAAGCAGUCUUCUCUUGCCUCACAGUCCCACCCACACAAUUUUGUUUUUUCAUCCUGUAAUUCAGGAAGACCAAUGGAACUUCAGAUACCUACUCCACCACCACCAUCUUACUAUUCUACAAAUGUCUGCAGUUGUUGUCAGCAUCAUGGCCAUAUUCAGUAUAGUCCAGUAAAUUCUUGGCAAGGAAUGAAUACAGUAGGGUCCAUUCAAGACCUCCAGUCUGAAGCCCUUCACAAACAUUCGUUAUUUCACCCAGGUGGAUGUCCAGUUCUGUACUCUAAUGCAUUCUGUGCUUCAAGUAGUCCUAUAGCCUCGAGACCCCAGGGAAGCACGGGUGGUUGCCCUCCCCACAGCACUGUAGAACCAUCGCCUGUGGCAAGACUGCCUUCACACGUGGACGCAUGUAACUCACGGCCCUGUGCAGUGUGCACACACGCACCCAAGACCGGGCCAGAUAACGGAAUGAUGGGACUGUCUCCGGAUGCAUAUAGGUUCCUCACAGAACAGGACAGACAGCUGAGACUGCUUCAGGCACAGAUUCAGCGUUUAUUGGAGGCACAGUCUCUGCAGCCCUGUUCCCCUAAGACAACCUCUGUUGAAAACACGGCACAAGCAGCAAGACAGAUGGAGCUGGUUUCCAUGGAAGCACAGUCUUCUCCUGGCUUGCACAUGAGAAAAAGUGUGAGCAUUGCUGUGAGCACAGGUGCCAGCUUGUUUUGGAAUGCAGCAGGCGAUGGUCAAGAGCCUGAAUCUCAGCUGAGGCAAGAUGAUACAAAGAUUUCCAGUGAGGACAUGAAUUUUUCUGUUGAUAUUAAUAAUGGAGUCACAAGUCCUCCAGGUAGUUCAUCUUCAUUAAAAGCAGUUGAUAUUCCCAGCUUUGAAGAGAGCAACAUUGCUGCGGAAGAAGAAUUUAAUCAGCCACAUUCUGUAUCCAAAACUCGACCUAGUGUAUGGUUCCCCAUGUUACCUACUUCAUAUGAGUUCUGUGAUAGGAAGAGCAAUUUAAGCUCUUCUCCAGGUGUGAGAAAAGAACCUGAUGUGCCCGUGUUCCUUGCAAAUUCUGUGCCAGCAGAGAGUAUAAGCAUGUGCUUACAGAGUGGACCAACAGAGGGUGCUAGUAACAACCCUGUAACAUCAGGUGAACCCAAAACUGAGCAAGCGAUACAACCCUUGCCUCCUCAACCAUCAGACAGGCAGAAAAUAUACCAGGAUUUAUUGAGUCAAGUGAACCACCUACUGAAUAGCUCCUCCAAAGAAACUGAGCAGCCGUCCACCAAAGCAGUAAUUAUCAGCCAUGAAUGUACCAGAACACAAAAUGUUUACCAUACAAAGAAAAAAAAACGUGAUUCAGGGCCAGCAGACAAAGAUUGUGUUCUUAAUGCAACCCUUAAACAACUAAGAAACCUUGGAGUAAAAAUUGAUUCUCCCACUAAAGUGAAUAAAAAUGCACAUAAAGUGGAUCAUGCCAGUGUGUUGGCAUGCAUCAGCCCUGAAGCAGUGAUUUCUGGAUUAAACUACAUGUCAUUUGCUAAUGUUGGUAUGAGUGGCUUAAGCCCCAACGGCGUGGAUUUGAGCAUGGAGGCGAAUGCUAUAGCUCUGAAAUAUUUAAAUGAAAAUCAGCUGUCACAACUAUCCCUCAGUCGAUCAAACCAAAAUAACUGUGACUCAUCUUUUAGUCUUCUACAUAUUAAUACAGACAGAAGCACAGUGGGGCUUAGUUUAAUUUCACCAAACAACAUGUCAUUUGCAACCAAAAAAUAUAUGAAGAGAUAUGGACUCAUUCAAAGCAGUGACAACAGUGAAGAUGAAGAGGAGCCUCCAAACCAUACAGAGGGCAAGAGUGAACAUUUACUGAAUCAAAACCUUACAUCCACACCUGAGCAACUAGACUGUCAGACAGAGCCGUCUAGGAACACCUGUGAAAUAAUUAAUUGUCACAACUGUGAACCUGUGAGCACCCACACAGAUAUGCCAGUACUGAGAAAUAUUACAAAUGAAGUUGUGCGGCCAAAAGCAAUGCAGCAAUUGAAUGAAAACCCAGCUUUCUUAUUAAAAAACUUUAAACCAAGUCCUGCAGUGAACCUCCGAACUGGAAAAGCAGAGUUUACCCAACAUCCUGAGAAAGAAAAUGAAAGGGACUCUCCAAUUCUUCCUGAAAGUUUCAAACCUGAAACUUUAAAGCAGAUGAACAGUAUGAAUUCAGUAGGCACCUUCUUAGAUGUAAAGCGGCUCAGACAGUUGCCAAAACUAUUUUGAACCUUAAACUCACCACCCUCCUGAUGUGAGGAUGGGGUGUCUCCCAAAGAGACUUAGGGAAGCCAGAGCCGCUUGGUGGUUUGGGGAUCCCUAAGCAUUCUCAGGGCCGCUCUGUUUCUUAGCAGCAGCUGAUGGCAAAGAGCCGAACAAGCAACCUGAUGGUCUGGGAGAUGGCUGACUGGUGGGAGGUGAGGUUCUCUGUUCAAAUAGAGCCGUUCAGCAUCACUGCGACUUUUUAAAAAAAAUCCCGAGACCAGUCAUUUAAACAAAUUUACGUACACAGGUAGUAUCCAGCUCUAAAUCUGAACUUUUCUUUGUGAAAAGUAAGUCCAUUUUCCUAGCAUGUUGCAUCUCUGCGUCUACCCACUAUCACCUAAAAGAACAUGAGAUAGACUUAUCAUGACCCUCACUAAAUUAACUAAACCCACCCUUAUUGAAUUUAAGGGGAAAGUUUUAUUUUUAAAAAUAACUUGAAGAUGUUUUGCACAACAAGUAUAUAUGUUCUCUUAAUUAGGAUGCAUAUUUGUCGAAUUCUGUGGAAGUAAAACUCUUGCAGUCUGGUAGGUUGAUGUUAUGUAACAUUUUCAACAUUAUAGCACUAGCUAUCACAAAAUAAGAAAAUUACUGAGUAUGAGUGUGUUUUACAGACUUUGAGUAUUUCAUGUGUUUUAAUAUUUUUUAGUAGAACUUAAUAAAAAUGUUCAGAUUUACUGUU